GGAUGGGUCAACCGAGAGCCGCGGUUUUGCAAACUCAACAUAUUUCACACACGGCGAAAAACGCAUUUCAGCAAAAGUGUUCACCAUCGGCGGAAGCAUUUUCCUUACGCUCCUGCUCGUGCUGCAGCACGACGCGCACCGAAUCCGAACAGAAAAAAGGAAGAAGAGAUUCCUGGAAAAUUCAUUAUCACAAAGGUGACCAACAACAAAACCACAGUCCCAUAUCCGAUAUCAAGUGCAAAAUCAUCUAAGAAGCGAAUACAUUUUCCAUUAAAAAAAGCACAUUCCCCAGUGAAACAAUACCAAGUGAAGUGACGUGUGAAGCUAUCAUCAAAGUUGCCUUUGACGUUUCUUCGGUGGUGGUGAUGCUGAGUGAGCAGAAUUGACUACUACUACUGCUAGUGCGCCGUUCAAGUGUUGCCGGAAGUGGUGAUUGUUCUUCACAGUAUAAACUUAAGAACUGCAUCCGUACAUCCCCAUCCCCAUCUUAAACCCUCUAAAAGUGCAUCUGUAGUGCAGUUGUGCCGGUGUGCGGAACGAAUAGUGAUAAGUUUUUGGAACCAAAACAGCCAGACCAGGGACUUUGAUAUAUCAAAACAAAAAUCCCCAAGGUCCAACCUAGCAAUAAGGAAUAUAAUCUCAACUGCUGUCCCAUCCCAGUGCGUGGUAGAGGUCCCGGUUUUUCCACAACCCGGGCCGCAAAGCAUCACAUCAACGCCGGCUUCCGGGUGCGGUCAGCAGCGGAAGCGCAGCCAUUCCUUCGCGCGGCAAACGUUCGAACAGACGAAAACAACGACGCAAUCAAAGCAACAACAGCAACAUGCCGGCCCGCUUCGAGGACGUGACCGCUUCUGACACCCGCCGCAGUGUCCCCCUGGACCGCGUCGGGGGACACUACGAUGUAGGCGCUGGUGUGGGUGGCCACGGCGGCCCCCGGCCCACCAUCGUGGAUGAAAUCUGCAUCACAGGCUUUUCUGGCCGGUUGCCGGAAAGUUCGGACAUUGCCGAAUUUAAGCGCAACCUGCUGGAGGGCGUCGACAUGGUAAACGAUGACGAUCGCCGCUGGCCCGCCGGCCUGUACGAUCUCCCGACACGCAUCGGUAAAAUUAAGGACGAAGAUCUGCAGCAUCUGGAUGCGGAGUUUUUCAAGAUUCACCAAAAGCAGGCUGAAUGUAUGGAUCCGCAGCUGCGCAUGCUGUUGGAGUGUACCCACGAGGCGAUCAUUGAUGCUGGCAUCAAUCCACAAGAAAUCCGUGGCAGCCGUACCGGCGUUUACAUCGGUUGCUCAAACUCGGAAACCGAACAGCACUGGUGUGCCGAUCCGGACCUAGUGAAUGGAUACGGUCUCACCGGGUGUGCGCGCGCAAUGUUCGCCAACCGCAUCUCCUACACCUUUGACUUCAAGGGACCGAGUUAUGCGGUCGAUACCGCCUGCUCCAGCUCGCUGUUUGCGUUGUCGCAGGCGUUCGCCGACAUGAAGGCGGGACACUGCGAUGCCGCGAUCGUGGCCGGCUGUGGUCUCAUCCUGAAACCCACCAUGUCCUUGCAGUUCAAACGAUUGAACAUGCUGAGCAAGGACGGUAUGUGCAAAGCGUUCGAUGAGUCGGGCAAUGGGUACGUCCGGUCGGACGGUUGCGUAGUCACAUUCCUGCAGCGUGCGUCCAACUCGCGCCGUAUCUACGCGAGCGUGCUGAACGUGCGGACAAACACGGACGGGUUCAAGGAGCAGGGCAUCACGUACCCGAUCGGCGAGAUGCAGAAGCGACUGAUCAAGGAAACGUACGACGAGAUUGGGCUGAACCCGGCCGACGUAGUGUACGUGGAAGCGCACGGUACCGGCACGAAGGUGGGCGAUCCGCAGGAGGUGAACGCGAUUACGGACUUUUUCUGCAAGGAUCGCAAAACGCCACUGCUGAUCGGGUCGGUGAAAUCGAACAUGGGCCACUCGGAACCAGCGUCGGGCGUUUGCUCGAUUGCGAAGAUUCUGAUCGCGAUGGAGGAGGGCGUCAUUCCGGGCAAUUUGCACUACAAAAACCCGAACCCGGACCUGUACGGUCUGCUGGACGGGCGGCUAAAGGUGGUGGAUCGUAAUCUGCCGUGGAACGGUGGCAUCAUUGGGCUGAACUCGUUCGGGUUCGGUGGAGCGAAUGCGCACGUAAUCCUGAAGUCGAACCCGAAACCGAAACCGAUCAGCCCGAAGGACGACGGGUUCCCGAAGCUGAUGGUUGCGUCUGGCCGGACGCCGGAAGCGGUGGAAUCGUUCCUCGACCAGGCGGCAGUAAGCAAGGACGACGAAGAGUUUGUGGGCAUCGUGAACGAAAUCCACAGCCGCAACAUUCCGCUGCACAACCACCGAGGAUACACGGUGGUGGCCGGUGGCGGCGAUGCCCAGGCACAGACUGUGCGUGAGGUGUCGGAAGUGAACGUGGACGAUAAGCGUCCGGUUUGGUUCAUCUACUCUGGCAUGGGUUCGCAGUGGGCCAGCAUGGCGAAGGAUUUGAUGCAGCUGGAGGUGUUCCAGAGUAGCAUCUACCGCUGUGCGGAAGCGCUCCGUCCGGAAGGUGUCGAUCUGAUCGAUGUACUGACGAAGAGUGACGAGACCAAGUUCGAUAACAUCCUGAACUCGUUCAUUUCGAUUGCGGCCGUGCAGGUAGCGCUUACCGAUGUGCUCACGCACGUUGGAAUCACGCCGGACGGUAUGGUGGGCCAUUCCGUCGGUGAGCUGGGCUGUGCGUAUGCCGACGGAUGCUUCACGCCGGAACAGACCGUGCUGGCCGCGUACUGGCGUGGUCGUAGCAUCCUCGAUACGGACCUAAUUGCUGGCCAGAUGGCAGCGGUUGGCCUUUCGUGGGAGGAAUGUAAGCAGAAGCUUCCGAAGGAUGUGAUACCCGCGUGUCACAAUAGCGCGGACAGUGUUACGAUUUCCGGUCCGGUGAGCUCCGUGGGCAAGGUUAUCGCCGAUCUGAACGCACAAGGCAUCUUCGCGAAGGGUGUGAAAUCUUCCGGCAUUGCGUUCCACAGCCGGUACAUUGCCGAUGCAGCGCCGAAGCUACGCAAAUCGCUGGACAAGAUCAUUCCCAACCCGAAGAACCGUACGCCGCGCUGGAUCAGUACGAGCAUUCCGGAGGAAUCGUGGCCAACGCCGUUGGCGCAGCAAUCGUCGUCGGCGUACCACGUGAACAAUCUGCUGUCGCCGGUGUUGUUUGCCGAAGGGCUGAAGCACGUGCCGGCCAAUGCGAUCUGCAUCGAGAUUGCACCGCACGGUUUGCUGCAGGCGAUCCUGAAGCGUGCCCUUGGCAAGGAUGCCACCAACCUUAGCCUGAUGAAGCGUGAUCAUGCGAACAACAUGAUCUUCCUGUUGAGCAACCUUGGCAAAUUGUACGCUGCCGGUGCUCAGCCACAAGUUCAAAAGCUGUACCGUCCGAUCACGUAUCCAGUGGGCCGUGGUACGCCUAUGUUGAAUUCUUUGGUCAAAUGGGACCAUUCGAUCAACUGGUUCCUGGCUCGGAUUGGCGUUGAAAAUAAAUCGGGAGAAACGAUAAUCGACGUUAACCUGGGAAAGGAUGAAGAUGCCUACCUGGCCGGACACACGAUCGAUGGCCGUGUGCUGUUCCCUGCCACCGGAUAUCUCACACUCGCCUGGCGAACGUACGCCAAGAUGCAGGGAGCGGACAUUGAAAAAACUCCGGUCGUGAUCGAGAACGCGGUGUUCCAUCGUGCCACGAUCCUGCCGAAGGAUGGAUCGGUCAAGUUCGGCAUUAACUUCUUCGACGGUACCGGUGCGUUUGAGAUUUGUGAAGGUGGCACACUGGCCGUAUCCGGCAAGCUUACCAUCCCGGAAAAGAUCGAACUGGAAGAGCUGCCGCUCAACAAGCUGGAGGCGGACAAGUCCGGCUUGCCGUUGAACAUGGGCGACGUUUACAAAGAGUUGCGUCUGCGCGGUUACGAUUACGCGGAUAUGUUCCGUGGUGUAACGCGCAGCGACCCGCGAGCCAUUACCGGUGAGCUGCAGUGGCGCGAUAAUUGGGUCAGCUUCAUGGACACGAUGCUUCAGUUUAGCAUUCUCGGAAAGGAUCUGCGCGAGCUGUAUCUACCGACGCGCAUCGAGAAGAUCGUAAUCAAUCCGGCCCGUCACAUGGAGCUGGUGAGCAAUCUUACGCAGACCGGUGACGAUCGGACGCUGCCGGUGUACAUGUACCGUGACAUUAACGUUAUCAAGUCGGGCGGUGUGGAGAUGCGUGGACUGCGCGCUACACUGGCUCCCCGUCGUCAGGGUACGCAAGCACCACCGACACUCGAGAAGUACGUGUUUGUGCCGAACAGCAACGAGAAGGACCUCGCGGAAGGUAACAGUGAGAAGGCCCGCCUGCGCUCCAUUACGGCCGCUGUGCAUCUGGUAAUAGAGAACAGUUCCGGUGCGCUGAAGAUCAAGGUGGCGGAGGCAAGCUUCGAACGGUCGCCGGAAAACACGAUGGCCGGUACGGUGCAAGCUAUCAUCGAGGGUGAACCAACGCUCGCUAGUGAUGUGGCGGUGGUCACCACCCACCAGCCGGACACCUUGGUGCAGCAUUACGGCGAGUCGGGCGUGCGGGUGGUGAGCAAGGACGCGGCGGCCGGUCCGAUCGAGCAGAACUGUCAUCUGGCCAUCGGCUACGACGCGUUCGGGCGUGCCGAUCCGGAAGCGAUUCUGUGCAAUCUGCGCGACUCGAUCAAGUCGGACGGGUUCGUGCUGCUGGAAGAAUCGCGCAGCACAUUCGAUGCGCGCUCGCGGGCAACGCUUGCGCGGGCAGGGUUCACCCUCAUCAGCACGCAGGUGUGCGAUAAGAAGGUGUUUGUGCUGUUGCGCCCGAUUGUCGGUGAUUUGGCGCAGCGCAAGAGCGUACUCGUUACCAUCACCGAGCGCUCGUUCAGCUGGGUGGAGGAGUUGAAGGCCGCAUUGGCAAAGGCCGAAGAAACGUCCACGUUCGUGUACAUCGUCUGCCAGGGCGAAGAACUGUGCGGAGCGCAAGGACUGAUGAACUGCGUGAAGAACGAGGUGGGGGGGAAGUUUGCCCGCCUGUUCUUCAUCCAGGAUCGCAAAGCGGACAAGUUUUCGCUCACCGGCGCACUGUACAAGGAGCAGGUAGCGAAGGAUCUGAUCUGUAACGUGCUGCGUCCGGCGAACGGGACGCCCGCCCCUGCCUGGGGCACAUUCCGCCAUCUCCGUCUGGACAACCAGUCGAACGCACCGUCACUCCCGGUCGAGCACGCGUAUAUAAACGCCCUAACGAAGGGUGAUUUGGCGAGUCUGAAGUGGAUCGAAAGCUCGCUGUCUCGCGAACGGCCCGAUGCAACGAACGCAAAGAGCGAUCGUACGGAGCUGUGCACCGUCUACUACGCACCGAUCAAUUUCCGCGACGUGAUGCUUAGCUCCGGUAAGCUGGGCGCUGACGCAUUGCCCGGUGAUUUGGCCACACAGGACUGCAUCCUUGGGUUGGAGUUUGCUGGACGUGACUCGAACGGCAGGCGCAUCAUGGCGAUGGUGCAGGCCAAGUCGCUUGCCACGACCUGCGUUGCGCAGCGCAACAUGAUCUGGGAGAUUCCGGACGGCUGGACGAUGGAGCAGGCGUCGACCGUGCCGUGCGUGUACUCGACCGUGUACUACGCGCUCGUGAUGCGCGGCCGGAUGAAGCGGGGCGAGUCGAUCCUGAUUCACGCCGGAUCGGGCGGUGUCGGACAGGCGGCCAUUUCCGUGGCCCUGGCAGCCGGCGUGACCGUGUACACGACGGUCGGGUCGAAGGAGAAGCGCGAGUUCCUGAAGCGCACCUUCCCGCAGCUGACGGACCGAAACAUUGGCAACUCGCGCGACUGCUCGUUCGAGCAGCUGGUUAUGCGUGAAACGCAAGGCCGUGGUGUGGAUCUGGUGCUGAACUCGCUCGCCGAGGAGAAGCUUCAAGCUUCCGUGCGCUGUUUGGGAUUGAACGGGCGCUUCCUGGAGAUCGGCAAGUUCGAUCUGAACAACAACAGCCCGCUCGGAAUGUCCGUGUUCUUGAGGAACACCUCCUUCCACGGCAUUCUGCUCGACAGCGUAAUGGAGGGUGACGACGAGACGAUCGCGGAGGUGGUGAAGCUGGUUGCGGACGGUAUCAAGAGUGGUGCCGUUCGUCCGCUGCCGACCAGCGUCUUCACCGAGCAGCAGGUGGAGCAGGCGUUCCGCUUUAUGGCGUCGGGCAAACACAUCGGCAAGGUGGUGGUACGCGUGCGCGAGGAGGAAAAGGCAAAGAUUGUCAAGCCGGCCCCGAAGCUGAUCAACGCCAUCCCACGCACGUACAUGCACGCGGAGAAGGUGUACAUCCUGAUCGGUGGGCUGGGUGGCUUUGGGUUGGAGCUUUCCAACUGGCUGGUAUCGCGUGGCGCCAAGAUUAUCGUACUGACGUCCCGAAGCGGUGUCCGGACGGGCUAUCAAUCGCUCAUGAUCCGUCGCUGGACGGAGCGCGGCGUGAAGGUGGUGAUCGAUACGAACGAUGUGACGACGCUGAAGGGCGCCCAGCAGCUGUUGACGGAGGCCGCUCGCCACGGACCGGUCGGCGGAGUGUUCAAUCUCGCUGCGGUGCUGCGUGACGGACUGCUGGAGAACUCGAGCGAAGCCGACUUCCGGGCGGUUUGCGUACCGAAGGUGGAAGGCACGAAGAAUCUGGACGCUGCGACGCGCGAACUUUGCCCCGAUUUGGACUACUUUGUGUGCUUCUCGAGCGUUUCCUGCGGGCGCGGGAACCAGGGCCAGGUGAACUACGGUCUGGCAAACUCGGCGAUGGAACGUAUUUGCGAGGCGCGCCAUGCUGCCGGUCUGCCCGCCACCGCCAUCCAGUGGGGCGCGAUCGGUGACACGGGACUGGUGCUGGAGAAUUUGGGCGAUAACGAUACGGUGGUGGGUGGUACGCUACCCCAGCGUAUGCCGUCCUGUCUGCAGACGAUGGAUCUGUUCAUGCAGCAACCGAGCCCGGUGCUGGCGUCGAUGGUGAUUGCCGAAAAGCGCAAAACCGACACCGGUGGCGUCAGUUUGGUCGGCUGCAUCGCGAACAUUCUCGGCCUGAAGGACACCAAGAACGUUUCGGACGGUGCGACAUUGGCCGAUCUGGGUAUGGACUCGUUGAUGGGGGCCGAAAUUAAGCAGACGCUCGAACGCAGCUUCGAUCUGGUGCUGAGUGCGGCCGAAAUCCGGCUGCUAACGUUCGGCAAGCUACGAUCGUUCGAGAAGGGUGGUGCUGCUGCGGCUGGUGGAGAGGCCGGUGGUGCGGCAGGCGGUGCAGGAUCGCCCGUGGCAGCAGGCGGUGCCGAUGGCAAGCGAACGGAUGAGCAUGCGAUCGGUGACGGCACGCAGGUCAAGUUUAGCGCCGAGCUUAUGCCGAAGGAAUGCCUGGUACGGUUGGAAUCGGCUGCACCGGCCGGCAGCAAGGCACGACCGGUGUUUGCGGUGCACGCAAUCGAAGGUGUCAUUACGGCUUUGAUCCCGCUGGCCCAAACGCUGCCCGUGCCGGUGUACGGGCUGCAGUGCGUGGAGGCCGCACCGCUCGAUUCACUCGAGCUGCUGGCGGCGUACUACAUCAAGCAGAUCCGCACGGUGCAGGCGCGCGGUCCGUACACGAUCAUCGGCUACUCGUUCGGUGCCUCGAUUGCGUACGAAAUGGUGGUCCAGCUGGAGAAGGCUGGUGAUGCGUGUCAGCUGCUGCUGCUGGACGGAUCGCCCCGGUACGUGAGCUGGUACACGGAGGCACAGAAGCAGCGUAACGCCAACGGGGAAGUUGUGCAGGCUGUCGACGAGGCGUACGCGCUGGCCUACUUCGCGAUGGUUUGCGGUGGAUUGGACUAUGGACGUACGGCGAAGGAGCUGGUCGAGGCGAAAUCGUGGGACGACCGGGUGGCUAAGUGUGCGGAGAUGGUGCACGCCAAGAAUCCGCAGUACUCCCGGCAGCUGCUUGCCACCACCGCUAAGUCGUUCGUGGGCAAAAUCGUUGCCAGCCAUAUGUACAAACCGUCGUCCAAGGUAAAGGCAACGGUGAAGCUGGUCAAGCCGACCGAAAACUACGCUAAGCUGCAGGGUGACUAUGGACUGUCGGAUCUCUGCCAGCAAAAGGUUGAGAUUUUCACCGUGAAGGGCGACCAUCGAUCGAUGCUGAAGGGUGAUUCGAUGAAGCAGAUUGCCACCGUUUUGCAGCAGCUGUUCUAAACGGACGACGAUAAAGACGAUAACCGACUUCAUAUUAUGCUCCCUCUCUCUCUCUCUCUUAGUCCGUUUGGGAAGGGGGGUGUUUUUUGUGGAGCUGUGGAACAACAUCCUGACCCCCCUCGGACGGUGGUGUAAUUUAUUGAACUCUUACGGAUCACGGAUCGAGAGAGAGAUAGGGUGAACGGAAGGAGGAGGAGCAGGAGAAGGGAAAGCCAGUCUAAAUUUUGUGAUCUUUUUUUUUUGCCCAGUGAUUUCAUUUCCCCUUCCGCGUACCUAUUACUUGUACGCGCCUAAAACCACAUCUUUCUUCCGCUAAGACAACCACAAUGCAUAAUGCUUCUUUUGUACAUACACACACACACACACACCCAAACUCACCCUCAUUUACCUGUCUAUCGAAUUUGAAUUCUGUUGAAUUUUCCCAUUGCGUUGAGGCAUAUGAUUGCAAAAAAAGAGGACAACAUUCCCAAAGGACGAGCAGUAAACGAAUGGGGGGUGAUUGGCUCGUCCCGCUAUUAGACUAUUAGAGCAGCGCCGCAGAAGGGCAGCUAGAUUUGUAAGCGGAUGUGGGGGGAAGGGGCGGGGGUUUGCGUUUAAAAAAUGCAACACUUCUGACGAUGUAGUAGUGUAGUUUACACAGUUUUAGCGCGUUAGUGAAAGAAACCGUAUAAAAAAACCGGGGGGUGGUUGUUUAGCUGUAGCACAGCUGCAGAUGCGAAGUGAACCACGUUAAAAAAUAGUUAACAGAAACAUCACACCAUGUCACUGCUUACCGCUUCUGUUUUUUUUGCUUCGACUCUCUCUCCCUAUCUCUCAGGAUGACACUAAGGAAGGAGAGAUCAAUUAUAAGAUUUCCUUUUGUUUUUAAGGCUUAAGACAUUUGCUUCUUGUGCGCCGAAGAGGGCGGUGAGAAAGAAAUUGUGCACUUUUUUAGUUGCUCUCGGCUGGAAGUGGAACCUGUUGGCACUGGAGGGACGGAACGUAGAAGGUUCAAAAGACAAAAGGGUAGGGAGGGAAGUGAAGAGGAAGGUCUGUGUGGUUAGGUGUUGAGAAAGUGGAACAGAACAAGCAAACAAAAAGGGACAUCCAGGUUUUAGCUAUUAAGACUGUUGGACUGUUGGAUGUUUAGCUUAAUUUGGGGUGUUUUUGUUGUCGUUGUCCUGCGACAUUGAAGAUGCCAAAAAAUUAAGUUAAACAUCCGAUAAAUAUAAACUUACAAACAUAUUUAUAAAAAUCCAUACGGCACAACUGGCCAUUACACAAGGAAUGAAGCCUCAUCAGCGUGCAGUAAUCGAGAUAUCUCCCUAGUGUAUUGUAUACCCUUAAAUGUGAAGAAAACACACACACACACACACCGAUAGUCUGCACAAAAAUUGCACUUAUACACUAUACAAUCGUCGUAUGAGGCGCGAGAACACUUCCUCUUCUUCUCGCACACAGUUUACAGCGCACUUUAGCGAGCAACUAAUUUUACUCUCUCACCACUACUACUACUAAUACUAACUGUACACGUAUGUAUAAGCGCGCAUCCUAGACGCAGCUAGGUAAAAGGAGCGCGUUCGAGAGCUUGUAAUGGGGGAUGAUGCGCGCCCCGCGGAGGAGGGGACAGACAGGCAAGUUACAGUUUUGUAAGCAAACCACGUGGCUUAUGUGACCAAAUUUGGAGCAAAGUUUCGAAUAUAUGGUGUAAACACCGGGAAAUGAC